AUGGCGCCGUCGCGGUCCCUGCCGCGGAGCGCGAGCAAGCUCGCGGACCCGCCGUCGCCGUUCAGCUCCAACCCGGCGCACCACCCGGUGUCCGUGCCCAACACGCCCGGGCUGUCGUCGUGCUCGUCGUUCGGCCGCAUGCUGUCCCCGCCCACCGACACACCCACCAAGCAGCAGCAGCAGCAGGGCGGCAACAAGCCCAAGCCGACGCCGGCGGCGGCCGCCGCCGCGUACUACGCGUCGCUGUGGUCGCCCAGGCGCCUCAUGCAGCGCGCUGCCCGCGCGUUCCGACGCAGCAGGUCGCGCGGCCGCGUCAGGACGGUCAAGGACCUCGCCGACGAACGAGCCUCGGUGCUCGCCGCCAGCAACAAGGUCUCGGACGCCGCGGCGCUGCCGCCUGCAGGUGCCGAGGUCGCCAGCGCCAACGGUGCCCGCGGCGGCGUGCAGGAUGGACCGCAGCAGCAGCAGCGCCACGACGACUACCACCAUGAGAUCGUCCCCGAGAAGAUCAUACGCGAGGACGCGCCGCCGGCGCCGGUCGUUGCUGAAGAGAAGGAGACCGCCUCCACGGAUGAGGGGGUUGAGUCGCCCAAGAAAGGAGCGACGCCGGUGCCCGAGACCAUCGUCGCCGCAGCCGCAGUGGAGGACGACGUGGUGGCGGACAAGUUCGUGACGGUGGUGAAGGAGGCGAUCAAGAAGCACGAGGCGGAGCAGGACGAGAAGAAGGAGGCGAUGCGGAGGUUCCAGGGCAGCCGGGUGAAGACGGCGAUGGAGGCGCGGCCGGAGUCGGAGCAGCCGCGGCGCCGGGAGGUGGCGCGGAGCAACGACGUCAUCGAGGAGGCGCGCACCAAGCUGCUUGAGAAGCGGCAGUGCAGCAGGGUCAAGGCGCUCGUCGGCGCCUUCGAGACCGUCAUGGACACCAAGAAGGACGCCGCCGUCGCCGCCGGCAAGCCGCAGCACCAGUACCGCAAGUCGGCCUAA